AUGGUUAAUUCUAAGAUUAUUAUCUCUGGUUUAGCCCUCGCUGUCAUUGCUGCUACUGCCCCUUUCCAUAGUAAUACUAGCUUCUCUAUCACACAGGUUGCUGUUGAGGUUCCUACUGUUCCCCCAGCUACUAUAUACGCCCAGGCUUACUCUAGACUUGGUGUUAAGGUUCCUAAUUAUAUAGCCUUAGCAGCCAGGUCUGGUUGGACCGACUCUGUUAUUGCUAAUCCCUUUAAAAAUGAUAUCAUAUACCUUACUCCAAUUCAAAUUGGGGCUGAUAUCUUGCAAGUUACUCUUGAUACUGGCUCUGCUAAUCUAUGGGGCUAUACUGCUCAAACCCCUUGUGUUGGAUUCCACGCUACCUAUAACACCCAAACUGGCAUAUUGAUGCCGGGUUAUCACUGGAGUACUAUAAAUGGGAACCAAAUCAUUUUAAAAGGUCGAGUGUUCCUAGAUAAGAUUAAGCUUGGUCAUCUUAGCUUUCCUUACCAGGCUGUUCAGGUUGUUGAUACUAUUGAACCCGUCUCAGCUAUGCUUGAUCCUUAUAGAAGACAUGAUGGUAUCAUAGGAUUAGCCUUCUCUUCGAGGAAUACUAUUCAACCUAUACAGCAGAAGACCUUCUUUGAUAAUAUUAAGCCCUACCUUAAUUCCCCUCUCUUUGCUGUGUAUCUUAAGCAUAGGGCUCCUGGUUCCUACGACCUUGGUUGGAUUGAUCCUAGUAAGUAUAAGGGGCAACUUUUCUGGAGGGUUGUUGAUGAUAGCCGGGGAUUAUGGACUAUUGCCGUUGAUGGGUUUAGUAUUGGUGGUGAUUCCUCUAGUUCUAUCCCUUUCCCUGCUACUAUCGACACUGGUACCACCCUUGUCCUCCUCCAGGAGGACGUUGUUAGAGAAUACUACAAAAAGAUUCCUGGUUCGUAUAAAUGUCUUCAAAACGGUGGAUACAUCUUCCCGUGCACAAACGCUACUGUCAUUCCUGACUUUACCCUUAACUUUGGUCUACACACCACCCCCAUUCCUGGCGAAUUAAUCAAGUAUAUUAGGAAUAGUACCCAUUGCUAUGGUGGUAUUCAACCCAGUCCAGAUCCUAACUUGAAUGUUCUCGGCGAUAUCUUCCUAAAGAGCUAUUAUGUUAUUUUCUAUAGCGACACCACAAGCCCUCAGAUCGGUAUCGCUCCCCAGGCCUAA